GUGUGGGGAGGAACGAAGAUGUAUUUCAAGCUGAUUAUAUGUGGCCUGUGUCUGGCGAAUUCCUUAAUAGAAUUUAGCAAAGGAAUGCGAAGUGAAGCAAAGAGUUAUAAAUGCGAAGAGCAGCGAAGGUUUCGUUCAAAACCAACUGUGAAAAAGGGAUCGGGAAAACCACUAGUUAAAAUAUCAAUUAUGUGCACGGCGUCUAAUGUGGCUUUUCAAAUUCGUUAUUCGAAUGGAUCGCUUUGUACUUGUGGGUCUAUACGUGAAGAAAUGGUGCGUGAGCAUAAAAAGUGUCAUGAGAAAUUAUCAACACUGGAUAUUAUUAUAAAUGCAUCGGCGAAUUCGAUAAAGAAUGGAUUUAGGGAUACAUGUGAUGUUUUGCUGCACUUCGUGCCGUCAUCAGACGGUGAUUUUGAGCCAAUAUACAUCCUUUUAACACCAACACAAUUAGAGUCGAGUUCAGUGAAUCCACGCUCUUGUGGCCAUGGCGGUUCUGCAAAAUUACCUUGUAAAUCACUGGCAACAAAGAAAUCUAUUAUGGAACCACGCCCGAUAACGAGCUCCCUUACUAAUCAACAUUUAACAACAAGUUCAAGGAGGAAAUCUGAAGUUAUACCACCGAUGAAAACACCUUCCCAAUUCAUAAAUCAUUCUCCGGUUCUUCCGGUUCAAUAUCGUUCCAAACCCAUUAGACAAACUCCCGCACUACAGGCUCAAUCGAAUAGCAACAUCCUAGCGCCUACCACCAUCAAUCCAGUGUUACAUACUUCCAGCUUGGUUGUAACAAUUGGGUUUAAAAACAAAGACACUGGGUCUUACAACACAGCUGUUAUCAAGGCUUCACCGACCAAGGCCAAUAUUUUACCAACCACAACCACAGUGAUGAUGACAGAACAACAGAAGAAAUUUAAAGAAGACGUUAAUUUUAUCAAGAAUUUUAAUACUUCCGACGUCGACAUUAACGAUAAAAAGACAAUAAAGCGUGUGUUGGACGCGGCCGCAAAUCUAAUUACAAGCAAUCAGACAAAUACUGAUCAGAAUCAGGAUGCUGGAAUGCAAGCAGUCGAAGUGCUAGAAGAUCUUGGAAAUUCUAUUUCUCAACAACUUGAUCUUGCAAACGAAAGCGCUGUAACGUUCCAGGAAGUUACUAAGGAGCUGGUUUUUGGUGCAGCUGUCAUAAACGUGACCUCAUCAAAGGAAUAUUCAUUUCCUUCUAAACAAGAAAACGUAGUAGGAGAUGAAAAAAUUGUCAUUCCUAAUUCCGUUUUUAACCCAAACAGCGAAGGCAAAGCAUAUUUUGUUGGUAUAAUUUACAAAGCAUAUCGUGAGAUGAGAAGAAAUACGGGAGGUCUUAAAAUAGGAACUAAAGUAAUAAAUGCUGCUCUUACACCUCCUCCACGGCAUGUUUUCAAUGACCCCGUCGCAAUGAUGUUCGAGAAAGAUAUUGCUGAGAAAAGUAUCUCUAGCAGCUGUUCAUUUUGGAUAGAAGAUGACUCUCUUUCAGGUGAACAUGGUAGAUGGUCAAAGAAACAAUGUUUCAGAUCUUUUGAAAAUCAAAGUCACAUCGGAUGCGAAUGUUAUCACUUUACGAAUUUUGCCGUUUUGUUCAAAGUAACCAAUAAUCAGGAUCUUUCAGAGGAACACACAUAUCGUCUGGUCAUUAUUAGUUACAUUGGUUUGAUUUUAUCUAUUGUGGGAUGUUUCUUGACUUUUGUUAUUUAUGUUUCUUUAAAAAACAUAAAAUCUGAAAGAGCUGUAAUCCACACGAACUUGGUCUUGGCACUUGGGAUUGCUGACUUAAUUUUCUUAAUUGGAAUUGCUGCUAAACCAGUUGAGAAUGCAUGUCUGGCGGUCUCUAUGUUGGUAUUCUAUUUCUACCUUGCUGUAUUUUUCUGGAUGUUGGUCGAAGGCGUUUACAUUUAUUUGAUGGUCACCAAAGUCUUUCGUGGCAACGUUGCAAGAGAACGCAAGCUGGGAUACCUCAUAGGUUGGGGCUUUCCCCUCGUUAUUGCGAUCACUACCUGGGCUGUUCUACGGAAUGACAUCGUAUCAAAAUAUUAUUGUUGGUUAUCAGUCGAAACAGGAGCUAUCUGGGCAUUUGUUGCUCCUGGGUUGAUCAUAAUCCUGGUGAAUUGUAUAAUUUUAUUGGCUGUCAUUAAAACAACCUGGACGACAUUUUCUGAUAAAACAGACUAUAGUGGCUUAAAGUCCGCCUCCAAAACGUUCGGCGCAGUCAUUCCUAUUUUAGGAAUAACCUGGGUAUUUGGUGUCAUGGCAUUCAAUGAAUCUUCUGUUGUCUUCCAGUAUAUAUUUGCUAUCACUAAUUCUUUACAGGGUGCUUUGAUAUUUGUCCUUUACUGUUUGGUAAAUCAAGAGGUCAGAAAUGAAAUACGUCGGCGCAUUCUGAGAUGGCGGGCUCGCCGUGAGCUGACGUCAUCCUCGAGCGAUCGUCGAAACAUCUUGAAAUCAACGCAGAGCGGAAAGGGGACCCUGCGAUAUUCAACUCAAGACCGCUCACAGGAAUUGAAGAAAAAGCAGUCGCUGAAACAAGGCUUGCUGUUCGAGGCCGGCAUUCCUCCAGGGGCGACAAAAGAAUCGGCGAAAAAUAACGUCGACGAUGCAAAAAGUCGCAAAGGAAAAGGUGAAAAGAAGGACACUGGUAAUACCAUUUUAGACAAUUCGUUUGCCACUAUAGGAUAUGUGUGAUUUAUGCGCAGUUGUGAAUUAUCUCCUUUUUAAACACUUAGGAUUAGUUUGAAAUGUGGAACUUGACAAAAAAAUUACGAAAAAUAGCAAUAAGCAUAGCUUAACAGUCGGUUCCCAUCACACAUGUAACCUCGUUUUUAAAGAAUAAAGUAUAUUCCUGAAAUAUAUGAUAUUCCUCAGGCGUACAGGGUAUCCCAAAAAAAAACACAAUUGGCAAAUUCAAACUUUGUGUUUUGAAGUAGCUAGAUCUCUACAAGGAAAGCUCUUUCGGCUACAGUUAUAACAGUGCCAUGCAUGCUGUUAUAUGAUUGAUAUUUUGCCAAACAGUUUGGUGGUAGUAUUUGUAGUAUUACGGUGCAUCUUAAAAUCACCGGUUGUGCGGGAAUCUAUCUUGUAAAUAGAAUUAUUGCCUGAAAUACUUAAGAAACGUAUAGUUGAAAAGACAAAUGAGCAGGCUUUGAAAUGAGACAAUUUUCGAUUGAUUUGAUAGCAUUUUCAUUUAGCAAUUAGGCUUGAAAAUGUUAAUUACGUUUUUUUGGGACACCCUGUAUAUCUAUAGCCAUGAAAAGCCAAAUAUCAUGAACCUAUUUCUACUUCAAAUACUUUCUAGUAGAUUUUAUGCUAUUUCAGGUUAGUGAUAGAAUCAUUGUAACUAUAAACGUUGAAGUCGCAUGCUUCUGGAAGCCAGACUUUCAGUAUGGAAACUUAAGGUACGAUUUCAAAUGUAGAAAUUUGCACGAUGGUGAAGUGAUCCGAGACUAAGAGGAAAAUUUAAGCCAUCAUGUGGAACAUGUCGAAAUAAAAUGCUGUACCCAGGAGCGUAUAACACAAAAAUAUCUGGGGGGUGGUGGCGUCCUAAACUAAAAAUUCCCCCCCCCCUUUCCAUAGUGCAUUAUUCAAGUCAAAAGCUAGAUGGACUCAAAAUAGUAAUAUCUGACGGAUUUUCGGACCGACUAUCUUGCUCCUAUAAGAGUCUUUGGACUGACUAUUUUAAAAUACUAAUUUCACAAGAGCUCGAGGGUGGUCUCACCCCGUCCCCUACAUCCCUUAUAAUGUGCGUCUCUGGCUGUAGCAUGCCGAAGGCAUAUUUAUUUUCUCAAGUAUUGUAUAUAGCGAAACAGAUAGCUGUAGUCAUUUUAUUUGAAAAAAUAUAAGUCAGAAAUCAU